ACCUGCUGUGUCACUCAAGAUGUUACAUACUGUUCUGGAAAAACUGAAAAUGUUGCCAGCUGGUAAAUAUCUGUUAUCCCAUUCAUCAAAAGAUGUUCAUCUUUGUAUUUAUCGAAGUACUGAGUCAAGGGGUACAUAUAAUUUGCAAAGUGAUGUCUUGAAACAACCUGGUUCUCAUUAUGAAUGGUUGCCAUUGGAUACAAGCUUGUUGCUUCCUCAUCAGUUAGAACCAGACCAGAUUCCUGGUACUUUUCCUGUGUACCCAGAUGCUCCUCCCAAAGACACAUUCAAUUCACAACCGAACAUGUCAAAGAGGAAGAAAAACAAGAUGAAGAAGAAGAAGACAAAGUAGUUCAUUCCUAGCGAUAGGAGUCUCAGUGGUGUCUGCUCUUAGUAUGAACUUAGAAAUAAAUAUCACAGACACAAUGUA